AUGGAGGUCUCAGACGACGACGACAAGCACGUUUUCCUUCUUUGCACUAACACUGAUCCAAUCCAAACAACCGAAAACCUAAACGUUGAGAUCAUUGUGUCCACCGCCGAUAUUCUCGAUUGGGAUAUCUCAACGAUUCUCAGUUUUCCAACGAUUAAAGUUCAGGCACAUCGCAAUAGGCUCAUUGAACAAUCUACGUAUUUCCGCGGCCUCCUCAGCGGGAGCUUCAGUGAGUCAUGCUUGGGCUCUAUCGCUAUCAAUUGGAAUGCGAGCGAGUUUUUGGAAAUUCUUAAGCAUAUUUGUGACUGCAUUUUGGAUAUUACGUUGGAUAAUUUCUUCGCUCUUUAUGAGGGUGCGCUUUAUUUUGGAGUGGAGACACUUCUCUUGAAGUGUGAGACGUGGCUUUCUGAGGUGCUCUCACCCGAAGGAUUUCAAUCUACUCAAAUAAAAAUGGAGGACUUGAUCCAAAUUUGGAAAUUUGGCUCAGAUCGUGGUAAAAUCAAGCGACUGUAUCCUGCACUUAUGUACGGGCUACCUAGCAAGAAAUUUUGUAUGGACCAAUACUGUAGAUGCUCUGCUAUGAUGUGGGCAAAGCAUAGCAAAUCUUUUGGAAAACUUCCAUAUGACCUGCUGUUAUCUUCGGUAAAGCACCCUCAUUUGACUGUUGACAGUGAGCUGCAUCUUUCUGAUGCACUUCUUCUCUGGCUUGAAAGUAACGUGGAAAUUUUGGAAAGGCCUAGGAAAGCUGAAGACAACUGCAAUGGAAUUUUGAAACAAAUUCGUGUGGGGCUUUUGCCUUUGUGGUUUGCUCUAGGAAAUAGGAACUCUUUUUAUUUUAAACAACUGGCUGAGGAAAGCCUGGAUUCAAUUCUCAGACUACUAAAUAUUGGUCCUAUGGGUUCACUAGAUACUUUCGAGUAUAGUGACUUACACCAUCUGAGGAUUAGGUUGACAGAAUAUUCAAAGGAGGUGGAUAUCUCCAAGUGUCGAAAUUUGCUCAUUGAACAUGCUGUUGAUUGCUUCCGCAAGUCUUUUCCUUCUUUAAGAAUAUUGAAAGCAGCUUAUCUUUUGAACAUUGGGACAAUUUAUUUCCUUCAAUUAUUGGAGAAAUUUUCAAUGGUUUGUGAAAUUGACUUGACUGUUGAUAUUACCCCACUGAUACCAGCAUCAGUUACAAUUUUAUCCUCUAGUCCUGCUGAGAUACAACCGGUGCCAGAGAAGACCUCUACUUGUAAAUAUAAAGCAAUGCACAUCAUGUCAUUUAACGAAUUUGGACCUCCUCUUUCAAUUGUUACAAAACUCACAUUGGAAGGAAGAACUGAUGUUAAUGAUUUGGGUCUCCACUACAUCUCCAAAUUAUGUGUUUCAUUGCGUCACCUGAAUAUUAAAGGAUGCAUUUCUGUCACCGAUAUUGGUAUAUCAGAUCUUAUAUCCACGAGUGAAAAACUUAAUUCAAUUGUGGUUUGUGAAACUUCAUUUGGGAUAAAUUCAGUUCAAGCCCUUUGCUCAGCUAUUUCUGAUAGUGGCACCUUCUCCUCUCUACAUUCUAGAGAUAAGCAUUUGAAUUCUGUGAUGUCUAAUUUUGAAACAUUGCAUAUGGGUGGCUGCCGGGGUGUUUCUGAGUCAUCUCUGAUAGAGCUUAUGUCUCAAACGCAAGUUUUGAAGAAUUUAUGCCUGAGAGGAACUGACCUGAUUGACCAGGCGCUGUAUAAUUUUGUAGGUUCUUCUUUGGAGAUGCUUGACAUUUCAAAUACUAAGAUUUCUGGGGCUGCAUUAGCUUAUGUUAUUCAAGGAAAUCCAAGUUUAAAGUGUCUGAAAGCAAGAGACUGUCGAAACUUGUUUCCAGGAGACAAUUGUGCUGAGAAGAGAGAAUCUUGUUUUCCCUCUUGGCAUGAACAACUACAUGCUGGGUUAGGAAAAAUGUGUAGAUUGGAAGAGAUUGAGUUUGGGUGGGGCUUUUCUUCCUUCUCUCUGAGUUCUCUGGAAUCUGCACUGAUGUCAUUAAAGACCAUCAAUUUGGGUUUAGGUGGAGUGCUAGGUGAAGAUUCUUUGAAACGGUUACCUGCUAUCUGUCCCUUGCUAGAAACAAUAAUCCUUCAUUUUCAGGUAAUAUCUGAUAUAAUUGUAAUGAACUUUGUUACAUCCUUGGAAAACUUGCAAGUAUUAGCUCUGCGCUAUUGUUUUGGUGAUAUAUCCAUGUCAAGCUUCAAAUUCCCGAUGCAAAAUCUAAGAAAGUUGAGGCUUGAAAGAGUAACCCCAUGGAUGACAAAUGGUGAUUUGGUUGCUCUAACUCAAAACUGCAGAAAUUUGGUUGAGCUUUCAUUGCUAGGAUGUUCUCUUCUUGACCCAGGAACAACCACUGUUUGCCAUUUUGAUGAUUGUUCUGUUGUCGAUUGCUACUUAGAAUUUUUUGGUGGCUGGCUUGGUCUCUAUCCAUUUAGAGCUAUAUAUGUGGCUUCCAGCUGUCGUCUCCUGGCCUUGAGAAAUUCUGACUGUGGAGAAGUAACAGCUAAUGGGGCUUCUGCUCUUCUUGAUUGCAAAGCUCUUGAAGAUAUCCUGCUGCGUCAUAAUGGUCCUGGGCUUCACAGAAACUUCAUUUGUUAUGCUGCUUCAGAGAUGCCAUUGCUUCGAAAGUUGUCACUGGAUAUAUGCGAUGCAAGGGAACGUGAUUUUGACAUUCCAAAUUAUGCAGACAGAUACUGUUUGAGUACCUUAAAAAUAGCUAGAUGCAAAUCUCAAAGAUGUGUAUUUAAUCUCCCAGCUCCUGCCUCAGGGGCUGGUAGUAGAUCCGUGCAUAUGGAGACGCUGGUGCUCGUGUGGAACAGCAGAGAUCUCAUUAAAACAGUGUCUAACCUCGUAGAGGACAUCUUUCUCGGAGAGAUUCUCUUAGACAAGACAAUUACAGCAACCCCGAGAGUUACGUGGAAAGGCCAUGUUCUUGCGAAAAGAGAUAAACUAGAAAGAAAACGCGAAACAUGCGUAAGAAAUGAUCCAGGAAAUAUGACAAACGCUAACUCUCGUUUUGCAUUGUGGUGGGAGGAAUCUGGGAAGAGAUCUGUUUGGCAUCUUCACAAACCGAUAGUUGCAUUGCGCGUUUCCCCAGACGAUUGCAUGUCUCACCCCGAUCGCUGCUCUUUGACCACCCUUCUCGCUAGCUCUCUGGUAGAUUAG